UUAAUAUCAGCUGCCACAAAGCUGCUUUUUUUAAAUUAAACGUGCUGAAAACGCUACAUGAGAUCCCUGCAGUGGUCUCUGGGAAAAGCUAAGCUCUUAUCGAUGUGAAAACAGCGGGACUGAGGCUGUUACAGUCGUCACACACUGGAUGUGCUCAGUCAUACACGCGCGGCCGUUUUUACCGCAGUGUAUCUGCAGCAUCCUCUGAUCUGAGCGACAGAGGUGCCGUUGUGGUAGCUGUGGCGUAGGAAGAAACAUCGGCACAGGACGUAUCUGUUCUAUGUUUUAUACUUUUUUUUAUUUUUUUGGUGGGCUGGCUUUCUUUUUUUGUGGGCUCGCGUGCGCUCAUGCAGUUUUAUCUGCAAUGCCCGCACGAGCGAGGCAUCUCUUCCACGAGCGCGCCGUGAUGAGAUAGGUGAAGUCUUUCCACAUUCAGCUGUCAUUGCAGGAGAGGACAGUAUUUUUUCUUUCUCCGGAGAGACGACUCGAGGAGAGGAGGCCUCUAUUUCAGGACAGUAGGCUCUGAUUUCAAAGGUCCGAUGAAGGAUCAACAUUAGGCCAUUAGAUUGGUCUGUAUUCAAUAUUGGUAGCGUGUAGCCUGUAAGAGGUAGCCAUUUAUUAUCAUAGAGCAUGCAAUUUAAUUAUAUAUGCACUGGCAUUUAAGUGUAUCGUAGACGUCCAGUCAGUAGCUUGCAUGUUGCACAUUAUAUAAAAGCACAUUUAUCAUAAUCUUUUGUGUAUUUGCCAACAGCAGAUAGCAGAGCAUGUGGCCCCGGGCAGGUCUAAUGAUUGCUCUGUGCAUCUCACAUUAAGACCUCAGGGAAAAAAAGAUAAUCUAAUCUCAGGGUGUUGAUCUGGGGAGCACUGUGAGCCACCAGAUAUCUGGUUUGUUUCAUGUGCUUCUUGGUAAUUAAAAGCUGCAUCUCGAAUGCAUAUUGUUGAGUAGAGAUAAAUCAAAAGGCUGUGUCAAAAGCAGCAAUAAAUUGUGGCAAUAAAUUUUGCAACCAAAGGGAAACGGUUGCUGGCUUCAGGACUGUUAAGGCAUCAAAUUUAGGCGUAUAAGGAAGGCCUGUAGACAGAUACAUUUUUGCACUUUACAAUGCAUGUUUAGCUGCAUCAGUAGCUGCCUCACAUACAUAUUGCAUCAGCCUGCACUUAACUGAUGCACAGCUUUUAUUUACACUAAAGCGCCAGUCUUCUUACAAUACCAAAUUGCAAUUAUCUGCUCAAUUAUUUAAAGAAAACAACGUGAAGGUGCUCGGUUUAUGAGUGUCAUGUGGUUCAUCUGAACUUCCAAUAAGGGUCUUUUAGUGCUCCGUGCAAGAGUGUUGUUGUUAAAGUUUUUGAGGCUCCUCGUCAGAUAAAAAAGCUGCUCAACUUCCGGUAACAUGGUAUCAACACACCUUCUGGUCUUUUUGCUCCUUUGCACCGUGUUUGUGUACCACUGUCAUGGGGCCUGUGCAGAGGUGGACUCUGACACAGAGGCGGUGGCAGGCGGGGGCUUCAAACUGGGCUGCAUCUCCUGCAAGAGGAGGAGCGAGGUGGAGGGUUCUGCCACCGUCGAGUGGUACUUUAGAGGGAAAGGAGAAGCCGACUUCGUUCAUAUCUACACCUACAACGAGGAGGGUCCAACCAUUGAACACGACCACUUUAUGGAUCGUGUGGAUUGGAACGGGAGUAAGAGGAGUAACGACAUCCAGGACGCAUCCAUAUACCUGCUCAACGUCACCUUCAACGACACGGGCACAUACCGCUGCUUCUUCUACCGCAUCCUCUUCUAUGAGAACUAUGAGUACAACACUGUCGUCAGCAAGGUGGUCCACCUCAGUGUGGUGGCUAAAGCGACCAGAGGAACGGCUUCCAUUGUGUCUGAGGUGAUGAUGUACGUGUCCAUCAUUGGCCUGCAAGUCUGGCUCCUCAUAGAGAUGAUAUACUGCUACAGGAAAAUAGCAGCAGCCGGGGAAGAAGCAUUACGAGAAGCAGCAAAUGCUGAGUAUUUAGCUAUAGCAUCAGAAAGUAAAGACAACUGUGCAGGGGUGCAGGUCGGAGAAUAGCACAGGCUUCCUCCGUGGACUGAAAACAUCCUUCCACCCUCUGACCUGCAUGUAGACGACCUGGAGGAACAGCUCCCCUUCAUCUCGAGCCUCUAUUUUACCUUUUCCUUAACAAAGACCCCACAUGGAUAUGACAUACAAAGAGAGCAUGGUACCAGCACUGUAUAUAGUAUUCUGCGCCGCAAAAGCAUGUCCUGCACUUAUUUGAGGAACCAUUAUGCAUUAAUGAGCCACAUUGUCGAGAGCAUAUACUGUACAUACAGUAUUUCUUUAAGUAUAUGUAGUCACACAUUUAUAUAAAAUGUUAAGUGGUACUAUGGGCGUCUGUUGGACUCCAUGAGGCUGAUUGUAAAAGAAAGCUUUUUACUAAAUCAUCACCACCUAUUGUAUGAUUAAUGCGACACACGUGUAUGGUAAUUUAUAAAAAAUAGAAUGUGAUGGACUAUGAUAGACUGUCUCUCAAGUUGCUAGUUGAACAUUCAAUGAAAACUUAAGAUGUACUAAUAAAAACCGAAAACGCA